GUUGUACUCCUGUUAACCCACGAUGCCGAGUCAACCGACUCCAAUCCUCGUUGACUCGUCUCUGUUUCUGAUCCUUCUACCACGACCAACCCCAUAUAAUUUCCGCCCGAGUCCUCCUCUACCGAUUUUCGCCAAAACGGAGUUCUCCCAUGCCCUAGAACGGCUGUUCGAUCUCACCGGAGUUCAGCCGCUGUUGACCUCCACCAUCGUCGUUUCCGUCAUCGACAGGGGGGGAGCACCAGGACGCCACCCACGAGCCCAACCCGAAGAAGAUCGCCGCCGCCCCAAAGCUCCUGUCGCCGUCGAUUCUGUCGCGUCUGGACACAUCCAAACCGAGCACAUCGAGCUCGACCCGAAGCUCCAGUCCGACGUCACCGUCCAGCCGGUCCUCGCGGACGCUAGCAGAAGCUCCGGUCGCCCAGGGGCACAUAUUCGAGUUUGCCGUGUUCCUCCUCACCUCGUCCUGUUCUCCCCUAGCUCGGGAGACCUCUCCAGCAAGCGCACGCUCGAAGGCCGAGCCGGCCGCGCCGUCUUCCUCAACUCCGGCGGCCAUCGAGCCCUGUCUCUCCGAUUGUCCAGAGUGUGAAGCGGAUCAGAAUUAAGCGUUAGAGUACUUCAACAUCGUUCAAG